ACGCUUGCGCAGAAAGCGGUUCAUCUGACAGCAGUGUGCAGCACUGCUGGUCUAGUACACGUCAAAAGUUGAUUCAAUUUGAUAUGAACAUGAACGGUCAACCAUUGGAACCCACAUUAUACACAGUCAAGGGAAUGGCUAUCCUUGAUAAUGAUGGCAACAGAAUACUGGCAAAGUAUUAUGACAAAAAUGUGUUUCCAACGUCAAAGGAACAAAAAACCUUUGAGAAAAAUCUGUUCAGCAAAACUCACAGAGCAAACGCAGAGAUUAUCAUGUUAGAUGGCUUAACGUGUGUUUAUAGGAGUAAUGUAGAUUUAUUUUUCUAUGUGAUGGGCAGUUCCCAGGAAAAUGAGUUGAUCCUGAUGAGUGUUUUAAACUGCUUGUAUGACUCUGUCAGUCAGAUUCUCAGAAAAAAUGUUGAGAAAAGAGCAGUAUUAGACAGUUUGGACAUAGUGAUGCUGGCAAUGGAUGAAAUUUGUGACGGAGGUAUAAUCCUUGAUGCAGAUGCAACAAGUGUGGUGCAGAGGGUAGCGUUGCGAACAGAUGACAUUCCACUUGGGGAACAAACAGUUGCACAGGUAUUACAAUCGGCUAAGGAACAGCUUAAAUGGUCAUUACUAAAAUGAAUAGUUCUAUAAAGAUUUCUUUUUGUAAUUCUAAUGUAAUUCUAAUGUGUACAUGGAACAUAAAUGUUAUAUAAAUACUGAG